GGGGCGUGCUUCUAGUGGCUUCCCCGCUUUCCCAGCGGUUCGGGCUACCUUCGGAGCGAGUCAUGGACAUUUCCUGUGACCUUCCCAUCCAAACAUUUUGCCAUCACUAAUUUGCAAGAACAACCAAGACUGGUCUGGGCAAUCAAUUCUGGAAUAAAAACAGCCACUGACUGAGCAUCAGGCAAUCCUAGGUUCACAUCCUGACGAGUUUGGGGACUUGGGCAAAUUCAAGAUGCUUGACUUCUUCAUCUAUAAAACAUGGGGAUGAUAUUUACUGCACCAUGGUAUCAUUGAGGCUCAAUAAAAUAGCUCUUGUAAGCUGGCUAGCCCAUAGCAAGUGUUACAUUUUGAGUUUCUGUCUUUGGGAGACUACAUGGUAUGGCAGAGCUAAAUACUUGCAAAGUCCAGCUCUGCUGUUUAUUAGCUGUGUGUCUUUGGUCAUCUUAUGAUCCUCAGAAGCCUCAUUUGGAGCAUGGACAAAAACACAAUUGUCCUUAUGGAGCACUAUUUUAUCAUCCCUAAUGCUAUCCCUAACGUUAUUUCUAAAGGUCUCAUGACUUUAGCUAUACUAAAAUUUUGUCGCAUGUUCUGAAAACAAUCUUGAAUUAUCUAUAGAUUAUCAUUUGUAUGGAAGUUCUCUUUUAGUCCGGUUUCUACACAGGCACUGAACUAGUGAGCUGAGUUCCUUAGUUCUGCAGGUCAGUCCCCCAAACCCCAGAGGUAUAUACCCAGGUGGCUAUCCUUCAUCAACAUGUGUAUACAUUCUGAGUACAUGCUUUCCCUGUGUAACCUGAGCACUGUCCACCUCAGGGGCUCUCUGGAUCCACCUCCUCUGCCUCAGCUCGGUAGUCUUUUCAGAUUGUCUUGCCCAGGAUGUUCAGAGAGGCCACAGCCCUGGCCUGUCAUGCUCCAGAAGGACAGAAUGGACUCAGCGCUGUGAAGGUUGAAGAAGAAAAUGUCUGGAGGCAGGACUUCAGUCUUCAGGGGAGCCUCCAGAGCCAGGAGCUUUUCCGCCAACAGUUCAGACAGUUUGGCUACUCCGACUUCACUGGGCCCCGGGAGGCUCUGAACCAGCUGCAGAAGCUUUGCCAGCAGUGGCUGAGGCCAGAGGAGCAUUCCAAGGAGCAGAUCCUGGAGCUGCUGGUGCUGGAGCAGUUUGUGGCCAUCCUGCCUGUGGAGCUGCAGGCAUGGGUGCAAGAGCACAGACCCGGAAACGGAGAGGAAGCUGUUACUCUGCUGGAGGAGCUGGAGAGGGAAUUUGAUGAACCGAAACAACAGGACACAGCUCAUGGCUCUGAAAUGAUCUGCAAAGAAAUGACACUCAUGGGAACACAGAAGUCUCCAAGUAGCCCACUGCAGUCCUUGGAGAACCAUUGCAGGAGUGAACCCCAGGAGCCCCAGGUUUUCCAGGAGCAAGAUGAGGCAACCCUACCAUUUAGGGUUGAGGAUGGAGACAGCAAGAUGGUGACUGACAAAGUACUGACAGCAAAGCAAGAAAUUGUUGAAUGUGUGCCAUCAGUGGCCAUGGCAUCUCCAGGAAGACUUCCUAGGGAAACUUCUCCAGUACAGACAGCUGAAGAAACUCUGCGAUGUCUGGACACCAAUGAGAAGCAAAGAGGAAGUGAUACAAGCAACAAAAUGAGUCCACUUUCCUCCCAGGGAAGCUCUCUCAGUCUGGCAGCCUUUACCAAGAAACCCUCCCCAGAACAGAACACCUUGGAGUGUAAUGAAGGGGAAGCACUUCUCAGUCUAAACUUACAUGGUACUACACAGCCCAGAACGCCCACAGGGAAACUGCUCUAUGAGUGCUUGGAUUGUGGGAAAGCUUUCUGCCAUAGGUCAAAGCUGAUUAGACAUCAAAGAAGUCAUACUGGAGAGAGACCUUAUGCAUGUAAAGAAUGUGGAAAAGCCUUUGGAUUCAGAACAGAUCUUGUUAGACAUCAGAGAAUUCACAGUGGUGAAAAACCCUACAAAUGUUCUGACUGUGGAAAAGCUUUCAGGGGCAGCUCAGGGCUCAUUAGGCAUAGGAGAAUUCAUACUGGAGAGAAACCUUAUGGUUGUGAUGAAUGUGGGAAAGCCUUCAGCCAGAGCUCUACUCUUAUUCAGCAUAAGAAGAUUCACAGUGGAGACAAAGGCUAUGAAUGUACUGAAUGUGGUAAGGCUUUUAGGAGAAGUUCUGUUCUUAUGGAACAUCAAAGAAUCCAUACUGGCGAGAAACCUUAUGAAUGUAAUGAAUGUGAAAAAUCCUUUAAUCAAAGCUCAGCACUCACCCAGCACCAGAGAACCCACUCCGGGGAAAAACCUUAUGGAUGUUAUGAAUGUAGGAAAAUAUUUAGGCACAGGUCAGGCCUUAUGCAGCAUCAGAGAACACAUACCAGAGUUCAACUCUGUGGGUAAGAGUUGUAUAAUUGUGAAAUGCAGGGAAUUCACUUUGAAGGUGAGACUCCACAAAAAAAUAGAAGUUUCCUGACUGCAGGACCUUUGUCUUUCCAGACUAGUUCAGUUCUGUAAAGAGAUUCACACAAAAAUGCUUAUAUAUCUAGAUCUUGUCUAUGAAGAAUGGUAAAAAGACUGACCCACUUCUGAAUGAGGACUCACCAAUAUGCUCUUUAUCCCAUUCCCCACUGCAGAUGAACUGUCUUUGAGCAUCUUCAUGUAAGUCCAUGACUGAGACACAGAUCCGGCAAGAUCUCCUUGAAGGUGGCAAAGAUCACUGUUCAGCAGUGUUUGUGUCUGACAGGAGUAGGCAUGUUUUAAGAGUUACUGAACUCUGAAAUGUUGAAUUGAGGCUAUGAAAUAUCAUGUUGUGAAUCAGUUUAAUAUCUGAGGGAUGGAAGCUCAUUCUGCCCCCUUGCCAGUUUUCAACCCUGAGUUUCCUGUUGCAGUCUGCACCCUUAUUUGGUAUCCCCAGGCUUAACCACUGGAAGAAUAGACUUGGUCAAUGCACUCUCAAAAUAAAGGGCUAAUGGAAUAUACAAAUUUAUUAGACAAGUUAUUACGGUAAGAGUGUGGCAAUAACUGCCAGAUAAAUUCAGUGUUCUGUUGGAAGACAUUUCAGAGAUGCUUUACCUGAUCUACAAGGUAACCAAAGAUUUCCUGGGUGUGAUAUUUCAUUUGAGACCUAAGAUACGGAAGUUGCCUGACUAAUGGCAGAACAGAAGCAGAGUUUUUCAUGUAUACAUGGCAUGAUGAGAAGAGAGGGUCUGGAGACAUUCCUGCUUCUUGACUUCAAUUCCUGCUGAAGUUUUCUCUGACCCCAGUUCAGAAGCCAGGUGGGUUCCUUUUCCUGUUUGUUAUAGCCUGAGUUGGAUACCUUGUUUCAGGUCACAAGACCUAUAUGAUCUAGAUGUAUUCAGAAUUAGCAUGGUAAAAGAAACCCCUGGUGUUUGUAAAGUCACACAUGUAUACCAAGGAAACAGUGUAAAUUGGAAGCUGAGGGACACUGAAGUCCAGAGUCUCUCUCAGCAUUAGGUUUGCAGAUGAUAAGCCACUUGAGGGAAAUACAUAUUGAAUCAAUCUUUCAGACUACAAAAACUUUCUUGAUUUUAAUUUGGCAGUUUUAGUUAACCCACAAUUACUGAAGGUAAUUUUUACUUAGGAAAAUGCAGAAUUGGUGAUAAUAACUAUUGUGAAUAGGGGAGGUAGGAUUGGAUAUGGUUCUCGCUUCCAAAGGUUGUACAAUUGUCAUUUAAGCUCUAACUUAAAGGGAAAAUUCAAAUGGACAGUGAAUUGCCUUCUCUUAUAUAUGACAAGUGAAUGAAUCAAUGUUUUAAAUAUCAUUUAACCCUUUUUCUAAUUGUGAGUGUUGAGAAGUAUUAAGUCAUCAAUAGCCCUAUUACCCAUAGCAAAACUAACUUCUGAACUACUUCCUAUUAGUGUUUUUCUGUAAUCCUAAUAUUUUUGGUAAAAAUCUUUAUUAUGAAUUUUUGCUAAUUUUAAUAUUUAUAUGUUCAAUAUGCACUCCAGUUGCUUAAAUAUCAGCAUGUAAUGAAAUGUAAUAAAACUGAAAUUUUAAAGUUUUGCUUUUAAGUCAUUCAGGUAAAGGAAUCCAACAUGAGAGGAGUUAGGCUGGAGGGUGGGAAGAGUGUGGAAAAAAAGGUAAGUAGCACACUUAGGUUCUAGUUCCUGGGUUAAAUAAACAGCACCAGGAAGCUAUGACAGCCAGACUUGUAAGGUUGAGUUGCUGGAGCAUUGGAAUGAAAUAAGAACCUUUUAAAUUAGUAAAUCCACCAAGAUAUCCUCCCUCCUCAAUUCUAAGUGCUGAGAAAGACCUUGGGAAUGACUACUUUUAAAUUAUGUGCAUAUGAAUACAAAUACCUACAGAGGCCAGA